UUAUCUAUACUAAUAUUAUAAAGCUGAAGAGUUUGUUUGAUUGUUUGAUUGUUUGUUUGUUUGUUUGAACGCGCUAAUCUCCGGAACUACUGGUCCGAUUUGAAUAAUUCUUUUUGUGUCGAAUAGUGCGUUUAUCGAGGAAGGCUAUAGGCUAUAUAACAUCACGCUGCAACUAUAAGGGGCGAAUUAAUAACGAAAAAUGUGGACAAAACGGGGAAAAUUAUUCAUUCUUCAGGGCUUCUAUUGCGUGCGCUGCGAAAACGGUUCAAGAUACGAAAAAUAUAUGUAUGAAAGAAUUAUUCCUCUUAAAAUGAUCUAAAAAAAAGUCCGCGACAGUAUAUGUCUAUCUUUUAAGGUUACCUUAUUAGAACCGUUUUUAGGGUAAUCAAAUAUGGUCGAAUUUAAUGCAUUAUUUGUAAGAGUUGUAACAACGUAAUAAUAUUAAUCUUUAUCCAAAUAAAUAUGUUAUUGAUUAAGAGUAUUUAAUUGUGAACAAUAUUGUCUUUGACGUCAUUUAAUUUCAAUGAACACCUUAAAAGAUAUUACAAUUUUAAAAUAACACCGACAUAAAAUCACCCGCGCCGCACGAUGUUCAAAACAUGUCGCUGCAAGGAGCAGAGGCGUGGCGUGCGAGCGACGCGGAGAGGGGGGUGUAGCUCAGCGAGGUACCAUGCCGCGCGGCUCAUACGCGCGGUCGGCUCCUUUCUGAACAGUUGUAUGCAGCGUUAUUUGUUUCUGCGAUAUAAUAUCGUCGUGUAUUGAUACUUUUUAAAUACUAUUUCAUUUUGUUUUAAAGAUAAUAUUUUGGUUCUAAUAAUUUCACAAUUAUUAACACUUUUUUAGUUUUAAUGUAGAUAAUAAUUAAUUAUAAGUAGGUGUCAUAGCUUUCUUUAUAGUAUUGUUUGUUUUAAGGAUAGUAUUUUGUUUCUAAUAAUUUUGCAAUUGGUUCUAAUAAUUUCACAAUUAUUAACACAUUUUUUUAGUUUUGAUGUAGAUAAUAAUUAAUUAUAAGUAGGUGUCAUAGCUUUCUUUAUAGUAUUGAUUGUUUUAAUGAUAGAAUUUUGUUUCUAAUAAUUUAGCAAUAAUUAACAUUUUUUUUGUUGUAUAUAAUACCCGUAAAUUGGUGUUAUCUACAUAAAUAUUCUUAUUAGGUAAGGUUUUAGUUUAAGCAUACAGUUAUAGUUAUAAGUACGGUUAUUCUUUUGACAUAGGUUUUAGUUUAAGCAUACAGUUAUAGUUAUACGGUUAUUCUUUUGACAUAUUAUAUUUUAUUAGAUUUUCAUAAGUACAAAAUACAGGUAAAAAUAAUUAGGGUAAUUAUUUACUUUACUUUUGUUUUUUUUUUCUUGAUUACGAGUUACGGUUUGGUUAAGUUUUCAUUCCUACGUUCUUUUUUCGUCACUAUAAUGCCUAGAAAAAGAUCUCAGCUUUCUCGGCAGACUGCUAAUGCAAAGCGGCUGCGAGUUUCGCGCAGCAAUGAAACAGAGGACGAAAAUAUACUUAGGUUGGCUACUCAACGGGCAAUCAGUGAACAAAACCGUGCUAAUGAAUCGAUCAUAGAACGUUCGCAGCGUCUAGCCUCACAAAAUGUCCGAACUUCGACGAACCGACAACGGGAAUCAAGCGCUGAACGUUCUCAACGUUUGAUCUCGCAGAAUUCCCGAACUUCGACAAACCGACAACGGGAAUCAAGCGCUGAACGUUCUCAACGUUUGGUCUCACAGAAUUUCCGAACUUCGACAAACCGACAACGGGAAUCAAGCGCUGAACGUUCUCAACGUUUAUCCUUACAAAAUUCCCGAAAUUUGAUGAACCGAGAACGGGAAUCAAGCGCUGAACGUUCGCAACGUUUGGUCUUACAGAAUUCCCGAACUUCGGCAAACCGACAACGGGAAUCAAGCGCUGAACGUUCUCAACGUUUAUCCUUACAAAAUUCCCGAAAUUUGAUGAACCGAGAACGGGAAUCGAGCACUGAACGUUCUCAACGUUUAGUCUCACAAAAUUCCCGAACUUUAGCAAACCGCGAACGGGAAUCGAGCACUGAACGAUCUCAUCGAUUAGCAGAGCAAAGUGCACGAUCAGCAAGAAAUAGAACUCGCAGGCAAUAUAAUUUAUUAAAUGCUGCGUUUGCUUAUGAUUGUACCAUUGACUAUACCGAGCUACAUGAUAUUGAUAUUGGCAGAAUGGAUAAGAUAUGCAACUUAUGCCAAGCAAAAAAAUGGGCGACUGAAGCUCCUGGACUAUGCUGUAGUGGUGGCAAAGUAAAUAUACCUAUAAUUCCGGAACCAACUACAGUUUUAAAAGAACUGAUAUCAGGCUCACAUCCAUCAUCAAAGCAUUUUUUAAAUCACGCAAGGCAAUAUAAUACAUUAUUUCAGAUGACUUCGUUUGGUGCCAGAGAGAUUCGUGAGGGAAACUUUAUGCCCACUUUUAAAGUCCAAGGGCAAGUUUAUCACUUGAUCGGUAACUUACUUCCAGCUGAAGGGGCACAACCCGAAUUUUUACAAAUAUAUUUUGUUUCUCAUGCCGAUCAGGUAUCCUUACGCUCAAAUUUAAAUCCAAGCUUGCAAGUCGAUCUUAUUGACGUUCUCCAAAGAUAUCUUCACGAUCAUAAUACGUAUAUUAAAAGUUUUAAAUACAAUCUGGAAAAUAGACCACCGAAUGACUUCAAACUUAUUAUUCAUGCUGAUGUAAAACCUGCUAACGAGCAUCGAGGUCGGUAUAAUGCGCCGAUAGUAGAUGAAGUAGCUGUUCUUUUAAUAGAUGAAGACAAAGGUCACCGAGAUAUUGUGUUGACUACGAGAGAUGGUGGACUUCAACGAGUUUCUGAAACUCAUAGGUCUUAUGACCCACUUCAGUAUCCCUUACUGUUUCCCUUUGGGAAUGACGGAUACUGUAUAAAUAUUCCGCAGCAGAAUACUGCUGCUAGAUCUAAAACUGUAUCGUGUAUGCAAUUCUAUGCAUUUAGACUAAUGGUGAGAAUAAAUGUUUUUAACAGCAUACAUUAUUUCAAAGGAUUAUUCAACCAAUAUUGUGUUGAUAUGGCGGCUAAAAUGAUUUCUGAGAGGCUAGACUUCAUCAAAAGAAAUCAAAAGAAAUUGAGAGCAGAAGAGUACAUUCAUUUAAGAGAUGCCGUGGUUAAUGAUGCGAAUAUUAACGCUUCUAAUGUUGGCCAGCAUGUUAUAUUGCCGUCGUCAUUUACAGGAUCCCCCAGAUACAUGAACGAAAAAAGUCAAGAUGCCAUGACAUAUGUCAGGAAAUUUGGAAGACCAGAUCUCUUCAUUACAUUUACAUGUAACUCCGAAUGGCCGGAAAUAAAAAUUGAGUUAUUACCCGAUCAACAUUCUUAUGACAGACAUGAUUUAGUUACUAGAGUAUUCCAUUUAAAACUAAAAAAAAUGAUAGUCCUACUAACGAAAAAAAAUAUUUUUGGACCAUCCAUAGCUUUUGUUUAUAGCGUAGAAUGGCAAAAAAGAGGUCUACCACACGCCCACAUUUUAUUGUGGUUAGCUAACAAAAUACAACCAGAUUCCAUAGAUGCAAUAAUAUCGGCUGAAAUACCUGACAUACAACAAGAUCCAAUUCUGCAUAAUAUUGUCAUAAAAAAUAUGAUACAUGGUCCUUGCGGAUUUUAUAACCCUGCGUCGCCAUGUAUGAAAGAAAACAUUUGUUCCAAAAAGUACCCUAGGAAUUUUAUUUCUGCAACACAAACCGGGGAUGACGGUUAUCCAACCUAUAGGCGCAGGUCUCCAGAUAAUGGUGGAAACACAGCAUUGAUUCGUGUCAAAGGUACAGAAGUGAACGUGGAUAACAGGUGGGUUGUACCCUAUAAUCCAGUGCUAUCACGAAUCUUUAAUGCACACAUUAACGUAGAGUUUUGUCAAUCGGUCAAAGCUAUUAAGUACAUCUGUAAGUAUAUUCAUAAAGGUUCUGAUCAAGCCACAUUUUCGUUACAAAGUAAUAACGAUGAAGUAGAAAAAUAUCUAAAUGGUCGCUAUCUAAGUUCCUCUGAAGCGCUUUGGAGAAUUUUCCAAUUUCCUAUUCAUGAACGUUUUCCGGCAGUAGUUCAUUUAGCAGUACAUUUAGAAAAUGGACAAAGAGUGUACUUUUAUAAUAAUGCAAAUCUUCAAGAUCGCAUUAACAAUCCUUCAUCAACGACACUUACAGCAUUCUUUGAUCUUUGCAAAAGAGACGAUUUUGCAAAAACCCUUUUAUAUCACGAAGUACCCCAGUAUUACGUAUGGGAAAGAAAUUCGUUUUCUAGAAGAAAACGUGGGCAAGAUGUUGAAGGAUAUCCUGGUGUAAAAAAAGACACAACUUUAGGCCGUGUCUACAACAUUCAUCCAACUCAAACUGAAUGUUUUUAUUUAAGAAUGUUACUGCAACAUGUUCGCGGGCCAAUGUCAUUUGAACAUCUGAGGACCGUGAAUGGUGUUAUUUGCCAAACUUAUCAAGGCGCUUGCAAGGAAUUAGGUUUACUGGAGGGAGAUGAACAUUGGCAAAAUACAAUGGCAGAUGCUGUCAUAUCCGAGCCAGCCACAAAAUUAAGAGAAUUAUUUACCAUCAUCCUUAUAUUUUGCCAACCAUCUGACCCCUUAGGCUUAUGGAAUACAUUUCGUAAUGCUUUAUGUGACGAUGUAUUGAAUAGAAUGCGUAAUGAGAAUCAAGAUAUGACAUUAGCAUAUAAUGAUGAUAUAUACAAUGAUGGACUAAUCUUAAUUGAAGAUAAAAUUCAUGAGAUUUGCGAUAAAUCACUAACCGAUUUUGGGCUUCCUGUAUCGAAAAGGAUUAAUUCACUUAAUCAUCUGGAUCCGUUAGAAAUAGCAUUGCGAAAACCGUAUGAUUUAAAUGAAUUAAAUGAUUAUAUUACACAAAAUGAACCAAAAUUAGUUAAUGACCAGGUAAGCGCCUAUAAUUGUGUUAUACAGAGUGUUAGUUUUAGUGAAGGAAAAUUAUUUUUUUUGGAUGCUCCCGGUGGAACUGGCAAGACCUUUAUUACCAAUCUUAUAUUAGCAAAAGUUAGGUCUCAGGGUAAGCUAGCUUUGGCAGUUGCAUCGUCAGGUAUCGCUGCAACUUUAUUAGCAGGUGGUCGUACAGCUCAUUCUACUUUUAAACUGCCUCUUACUGUUUCUUUACAGAAAGAUAGCGUGUGCUCUAUUCGUAAAAAUGGCCCUCUGGGAAAAGUUUUACAAGAGGUCAAUUUAAUAAUCUGGGACGAAUGUACCAUGAUCCAUAGAGCACAUGUAGAGGCUCUAGAUAGAACUCUUAGAGACAUAAGAAGUUGUAACAAAAUCAUGGGUGGGAUUACAGUUAUGUUUGCUGGGGACUUUCGGCAAACUUUACCUGUAAUAGUAAGGGGAACUAGAGCAGACAUUGUAAAGGCUUGCCUUAAAAGUUCCCCAUUAUGGAAAUUUGUGAACAUCUUAAAAUUAACCACAAAUAUGAGAGCACAUUUGGGAGGAGGUAGUACAACAUUUUGUUCAAAGUUACUUUUAAUAGGAGACGGGAAAGUGCCUCAUUUUGAAAAUAAAAUUGAAAUUGAUCUAGAUUUAGGAGAAAGAGUGAGUAAUAUUGAGGACUUAAUAUUGAAAGUUUACCCUGAAAUUAGCGAAAUAGAAAAUAAAGAUCAUCAAUGGAUGUGUCAAAGGGCAAUAUUGGCGGCGAGAAACAGUAGCGUGGAUGAAAUUAAUGACCUAAUUUUAAGUAAACUUCCAGGAGACAUAUCUACCUAUACAUCUAUAGAUAAUGUAAUGGAUCAGGAAGAUGCGGUCCAUUACCCACAGGAGUUCCUUAAUUCUUUGAACCCAAGCGGCCUUCCCCCACAUUCCCUCAAGUUAAAAAUAGGUGCCCCAAUCAUUUUACUUCGAAAUCUUAAACCACCAAAUUUAUGUAACGGGACCCGACUUCAAAUCAAAUUUCUUCGCAAUAACGUGAUCGUUGCAAUAGUUUUGACGGGUCCAGCAGUUGGUCAAACAGUGCUUAUACCUCGCAUCCCAAUGAUACCAAAUGAUUUACCUUUUAGUUUUAAAAGAAUUCAAUUUCCCGUUAAACUGUCUUUCGCCGUUACAAUUAAUAAAUCACAGGGACAAACAUUUAAACACGUAGGAAUUGAUUUACGUCAAGAUUGCUUUACACACGGCCAACUAUAUGUCGCGUUGUCACGAUCUGGUUGCGGAGAAAACCAAUAUGUUCUUUUGCCACAAGAAAAUAAAACGAAAAAUAUUAUUUACGCAGAAGUACUUUAAACAAAUCUUUUUAAAACUUAAAAACUAAAUGUCUGAAAUAAUAACUGCUAAUAAAGUUGCAGCGAUACCUGACGAUGCAACUGCCAAAGCUAGCUUACCCUGAGACCUAACUUUUGCUAAUAUCUGCAUAACACAAUUAUAGGCGCUUAUCUGGUCAUUAAAUAAUUUUGGUUCAUUUUGUGUAAUAUAAUUAUUUAAUUCAUUUAAAUCAUACGGUUUUCGCAAUGCUAUUUCUAACGGAUCCAGAUGAUUAAGUGAAUUAAUCCUUUUCGAUACAGGAAGCCCAAAAUCGGUUAGUGAUUUAUCGCAAAUCUCAUGAAUUUUAUCUUCAAUUAAGAUUAGUCCAUCAUUAUAUAUAUCAUCAUUAUAUGCUAAUGUCAUAUCCUGAUUCUCUAAAAACUAAAUGUCUGAAAUAAUAACAUAAAAUGACUAUAAUUUUAAAAGCUGGGGAGGUUGUUUCCAAAAAUAAAUAUUAUGCCCAAAACAACUACUCCACGCGGACGAAGUCGCGGGCACAGCUAGUGUA